GAAUUCGGAUGAAUAAAUAUUUAAUUUUUUGAUUUUUUAUUUAAAUUUUCCGAAGUGUAUCGUAUAAUUUGUGUCUAUUUUGCGAUUUAAUUUUUGUGCUUAUCAUUUUAAUUACAAUGGUAUUUAAGUGCUCGGUAUCCGGCUACGAAAAUAGUAAUACUACCGUAGGAAUGCAUUGUUUACCAAAAGAUGAUGGGACAUAAUACAUGUGAAGGCUCCAACUUUCCAACCUUCAACUCCAAGAAUGUCUACAGUGACUUUUAAGCAUUCUCGUAUAGGUGCAUCGAGAUCUUCAGGACUUUUAAAAACUAUAGGUGUGAUAAGAGCAUCAGAUCUGACACCAAAAGCAAAACAACUAUAUCGUAUUACUAAUGAUCUGAAAAAAGUCAAACAGAAGAAAAGUGAAAAAAGUUUACCAAAAUCUUUCUAAUAAAGAAAGACUUAGUGAGGCUUUACAUUAUGCUGAAUCUGCAGACUUUUUAAAGGCCAAGAUUAAUAAAAGGGCUUUGGAUUUUAUUAAUUGCCAAAUGAAGAUGCUGAAAUUAAAACCUAGAGGUAGACGUUUUACAUUUGAUGAUAAGGUGUUUGCUCUGUCUCUUUUAAAACAGGGUCCUAGAGCAUAUAAAAUACUCAGAUCAACCUUUGCUUUGCCAUCAAGGAAAACCUUAAUGAAUAUACUGAACAAAAUUCAUUUUUCACCAGGAAUAGUUCCAAAAGUUAUGGAUGCCUUAAAGUCGACAAUAGCAAAUUUGGAUCCUCUGGAUAGAUAUUGCACUUUAAUGUUUGACGAAAUAUCGUUAGAGCCGUCACUUACUUACGACAGGAUAUGGGAUGAAGUUGUUGGUUUCCAAGACAUAGAUGGGCAACGAACAUUCAAAUUUGCAGACCAUGCUUUAGUUUUUAUGGUACAGAGACUAAAGAAAAAAUGAAUGCAACCAAUUUCAUUUCACUUUAGUCAAGGUGGGAUGAAUUCCGAUCAACUGAAAAUUCUUAUAAGAAAUACUGUAUUGGCAAUCCAAGAAUUGGGGUUAAACAUAGCUUGUACAGUAUGUGAUCAAUAUAUUGCCAACAUUAAUGCAAUAAAAAAAUUAAAAGAAGAAUCUGUUCGAAUAUGCACCUCUGACAUUGACUUGUUUGAAGUUGGAGGGCAGGAAAUUGUAGCAAUUUAUGACCCCCCUCAUCUGCUCAAAGGAAUUCGAAAUAAUUUAAUGCUACGUGAUAUCCUAUAUGAAAUAGACAAUGAGAAAGGAUCAGCAACUUGGGACCAUCUGAUUAAAUUGUAUGAAUUAUCAGACGUUGGUGACUUCAAUACAAAGAUGUGCUAUAAACUUACAGAUGCACAUGUCUAUAAAGAAAAACUUAAGAAGAUGAAAGUCAAACAUGCAGCUCAAAUUUUUUCACAUCGUGUCUCUUCCACCAUGCGAUGGACUGUUGAAAAUGGUCGGGAAGGGUUAUUACCAAAAUUGGCUAUGAAGACUGCAACAUUUCUAUCUUUUAUGGACCAGGUGUUCGACAGUCUAAAUGGACACUCAUAUGAUCCAGAAUUUGGAAAGGAAUUGAGAUGUGUAAUAAAAGACGACUCUCCCCAUUUGAAGUUUUGGGAAAAAUCCAGCAAUGUUUUUAAUUCAGCCAGGUUUAUAACCCCUAAGGGGGAAGCAAUUCCACCUUCAAUUAAAAAUUGGAGUAAAACUCUCCGUGGAUUUAUAUAAUUAUGAAGGAAAUUAAGUAGAGUUGGCUUCAAAUUUCUAUGUUAAAGAAGGAUCAAUCAAGAUCCUUUAGAAAAUUUUUUUGGUCGCAUAAGAAGCCAUGGCGUCAGAAACAUUAAUCCAACGUGCUAUUCAUUUAUUUCAUCCUUUAAGGCAAUUAUUAUAAAUAACUUUUCAUCUCCCCAUUUACCUCAUGCAAAUUGUGAAGAUGAUAAGGAAAAUGACACUUUAGAUUCCUUACGGUCAUUGUUGACUGUUGAUAUAACCUCCGAUACAAAUGAUUUAGAAGAUCUAGCUCUAGAUCUAGAAGACAGCUCAAGCAAAUUUCAAGAAGUUGAGGAUUUGGCUGUCGUUUCAACUCGUGCCUAUAUAACCGGAUAUAUCGCGAAAAAUCUAAAAAAAGUCGUUCAAAAUUGUACUAGGUGUAUUAAUCAAUUGUAAUCUUGUAGAUCUUCCGAUAACAUUUCUUUAUAAAUGAAUUGGAGUAUAAACCAAAUUUAUUAUUCAAAACAAAAACCCAAUUUAGAAGAAUGUUUUCCAACAUGGUAGUUUUGUAUUCAAAUAAUAUACAAAAAUAUAUUUUAGGUAAAGAUUUAAAGAAACGCAUGACAUAUUUAUUUAAAAGAAAACUCUACAACCCCUUUCUUUGUCAAGAGCAUGAUAUUUUCAAUUUAUAUAUUGACAAAUUUUUAUU